CUUAUUUACGUGGCAGAAAUUGUCAUUUGUUUUUUCGAGUUGGCUGUACCAGAGGCCAUAUAAUUUUGUACCCGUAAUUCACAGCCACGAUGGCCGGAACGUUGCCUGACCAGUCAGUUGCUGAUUCCAUCCCAAAUGCCUUCUUGACGUGUGGCAUCUGUCAGGAGACGGUCACGGAUCCAAGAAUCCUGCCUUGCCUCCAUUCCGUCUGUUUUAAUUGUUUACGUGCACUAGGACAGUGUCCACAAUGUCGAGAGCCCAUUUCAGCUGAGGUAGAUUCCUUCAAGAAUAACGUCUUCAUCAAGGGACUUACUGAACUUGCUAGGUCUAAGUCUGCCAAGUCGAAUCAAUGCACGCCAUGUAGACUGACAGGGCGUUCCUCCCUUGCAGAGAAGAAAUGUCUUAACUGCGGAGAUGACCUCUGUUCAAAGUGUGCUGAUGGACACAACGCUUCCACCCAAACAUUCGGCCAUCAGAUUGUUUCUUUAGAAGAUUUCUGGGAAGGGCUACAUGAUGACCAAUUCAGGCGGUUACAGAGAAUUGGGUGUCCACACCACCAGGACAAACAUGUAGACUACUUCUGUCAAUCUUGUCGUUUACCUGUGUGCAUAAGCUGCAUUGUUCUUCUCCACAAGGGCCACAACACACAACCUAUCGAAGAAGCUGCAAUCCAAAUUAAAUCAAUAAUGAACUCUAAAGUGCGGGUCGUCCGCGAAGAAUUCAAUUUAAUUUCCCAAGAGGAAAAGAGUAUCUUAUCUUUGACCAAAUCUUUGAAAUUGAAAGCAGAGUUAGAGACAUCUGGUAUUGAAGAUAAUGCAAAGCGAGAAAUUGCAAAAAUACACAACAGAAAACUUGAUGCAAUUAAUAAACUUUCCACUGAAACAAAAGAAAGAGAGAAGGAGCAUAAUGCCCGGCUAGAAGAGCUCUCGCAACAGAAACGCAAGAUCAGUAGUUGUGUCGCCUUCUGUGACAGCAUCCUCGACGCCGGCAAAGAUGAAGAGUUACUAAUGAUGAAAACAAUGAUUAUGGACAGACUCCAACAGAUCAGAGGAUGUGCCGUGGCUGUUCUCCAGAAAGAUGCACUGACUCCUGCUGUGGCUGUUCUCCAGAAAGAUGCACUGACUCCUGCUGUGGCUGUUCUCCAGAAAGAUGCACUGACUCCUGCUGUGGCUGUUCUCCAGAAAGAUGCACUGACUCCUGCUGUGGCUGUUCUCCAGAAAGAUGCACUGACUCCUGAUGUGGCUGUUCUCCAGAAAGAUGCACUGACUCCUGCUGUGGCUGUUCUCCAGAAAGAUGCACUGACUCCUGCCGUGGCUGUUCUCCAGAAAGUUGCACUUUCUCCAGAAAGAUAUGCACUGACUCCUGCUGUGGCUGUUCUCCAGAAAGAUGCACUGACUCCUGCUGUGGCUGUUCUCCAGAAAGAUGCACUGACUCCUGCUGUGGCUGUUCUCCAGAAAGAUGCACUGACUCCUGCUGUGGCUGUUCUCCAGAAAGAUGCACUGACUCCUGCUGUGGCUGUUCUCCAGAAAGAUGCACUGACUCCUGCUGUGGCUGUUCUCCAGAAAGUUGCACUUACUCCUGCAAAGGAUGACGUACACAAGGACAAAACACAAGACAGCUAUCAGAAAUCAGAGACUGCCUCCAGUGUACCACUGAACAAAACUGCUCCACCGAGAUAUACCAUCAAAUUUCAAGGAACAUUUCCUACAAAAUUUAAAGGUGAUGCCAUUAAACCUAACAUCAAAGGAACGGCAUACAGUGUCAGCGCUGGGCUGUUGAUAUCCGAUCUGGCCAACGGAAAGGUCAAGAUGAUCAACACCAAGGGUGAUCUGAAAGAAGUAAUCACAAUGGAUGGAUUCCAUCCCCGCGCUGUUGCUGCUGCGGGCGAAAUCAUUGCUGUCAUCAGUGAGAAUUUUUUAUGUAUUUUCACAUCAAAGGGUAAUCUAACAACCAAGGUCAAACUUAACCAAACUAAACCAGAUGAAAGUCUACCCUUCACAUGCAGUUUAGCCGCUUCUGAAGACGUUGGGAUUGUGGUGGGCAAUAUCCAUGGCGUCAAAAGACUUCGCGUCUACAACUUUGACGGUACUGUGAACAGAUAUUUGGACUUCCACGUGAGCUUCCCCCUGGCGUCUCUGUCAGUCAGUCCGACAGGGGACAUUGUCAUUAGUGAAUGGGGGAGCGGGUGUCUGAGAGUCGUGUCGACUGAAGGGAAGGCAAGGUGGACCAGUCGGGAACAUGAUUAUUGGUGGAAACCAAAUGGGACGUGUGUGUCAGCUGAUGGAACUGUUGUCGUCGCGGACUACGACUGGGGGGGAGUGUACGUUUAUAGCUCAAGUGAUAACAUGGCGGCGUUACCCUGUCAGUCAGUGACUGAUUUAGGUCAAGAUGACUUCCUUUCCUGUGGUAUCUGCCACGGUAUGUUCACAUACCCCAGAAUCCUACCUUGCCUCCAUACCUUCUGUCUACAGUGCCUAUGCACUCACACCGAAUCAUCAAAGUCUUCACAGAGAUCCCUGCUCUGUCCACGGUGCCGUGAACCCUUUACUGAAACCACAUUUGAGAACAUCAACGUUUUUAUUAAUGGCCUCACGGAAUUACUGAAAUGUAAAACUUCUACUGAAUGUAAGUGCACUCCUUGCAGUUUGCGGGACAGAGUCUCCACAGCAGAGGGGAAAUGCCUGGACUGUGGCGAUUGUUUGUGUCGGGCUUGCUCUCGGGGUCAUAACGCUUCCUCCCAAACUCUGGAACACCGGGUCGUGACUCUCAGCGACCUACAAGAAGGAAAAUACGAUUCAAGGAUCAGAGAGUUGCAGAGAAUCGUUUGCCAGCAGCAUCCUGACAAGCACGUGGAAUACUUCUGUGAGUUAUGCUCUCAUCCUGUUUGUAUAUCCUGUGUUCUCAACAACCACAGGGACCACAGCAUGCAGCCGAUCUCAGAGGCAGUACGGCGCAUUAGAUCCGAGAUGAAGGCAGAGCUUACAGCUGUUCGUGAAAAUCUAAACAAGAUAUCAAAACAGGAAAAUGAACUGUUAUCUUUGAAAAAUGAUCUCGAAUUGAAAGAAAAGGCAAAGAAACUACUUAUUGAAGAACAUGCAAAACGUGAGAUUGACAAAGUAAAUGCCAGAAAAUAUGCUUCCUUGAAAAGGUUGACAGAUGAAAUGGAAGUUGCCGAGAAGGAACAGGCGAGCAGACGACAGAAGGUGUUACAACAGAAGGUUGUGAUGGGCAGCUGUGUGGACUUCUGUGACCACAUGCUGGGGAAGGCCAAGGAUGACGAGGUUCUGAUGAUGGAACCUAUCAUCACAGAAAGACUGCAACAACUUUUAAGACAAAUUCACCAACAGGAUGAAAGGAUAAUCGAAAAUGAAGAGGUUCACACGGAUAAAUCAGUGACCAGUGUCCUGGAGCCAGAAACAACACAAGAUGACAGUAAUUCUCUGACUUGUACUCGUGGCCAACUUGAAUCAGAAAUCACCGCAAAGAUCCAGUUCAAAUUUCAGAGCAAAUUUAGUGCAAGAAUUAAAUCUGAUUUGAAGGUUCCUGACAUCAAAGGAAUAGCAUAUGGUUUAAACAUUGGACUUGUUGUAUCAGACCUAGCCAAUAAGAAGAUAAAGGUCUUCAAAACCAAUGGGGAAUUAGAUCGAGAAAUAAAAACUGACAUAUUUAAACCUUUUGAUGUUGCUGCUGCAGGUAACAUCAUUGGUUCAAUCAGUGAGAAUUUCCUAAUAAUCUUCACAUCAGUAGGCACACUGAAGACCAGAACAAUGUUGAACAAAUACAUAACAUAUGAAAGCCUUCCCUUCACGUACAGUCUGGCUGCAGCGGAACAUGUGGGUUUUGUUGUUGGCAAUAGUCCUGGAGACAGAAGACUCCGCCUGUAUGGACUUGAUGGUACCCUCACUAGGUAUGUCAACUGCCGGACACGGACCCCUCUCGCUUCACUCUCAGUCACUCCAAAAGGGGACAUACUCAUCAGUGAAUGGGGAAGUGGUAGUCUGAGGUUACUAUCGAAAGAAGGUAAAGACAAAUGGCGGAGCGAGAAAUAUGAUUCCAGGUGGAAACCCAAUGGGAACUGUGUCUCUACUCAUGGAACUAUUUUUGUUGCUGAUUAUGACUGGGGCGGGGUGUGUGUCUUUAGCACUGAUGGAAACAACACUGUAGAUUACAGCACUGCAGGUGAUGGAUUACUGAAACCAUCUUAUGUUGCUGCUAAUGAAAACGGUCUAUUGUUUGUGGGGGAUCAGAAGGGAGAUGUGUAUGUUUAUCAAACAUGAACCUGUAGCUAUGCUUGUAUCUCUGGUAUGCCUACCAAGUGGUUACGUGGUAAAAAUAUAUCUAGAACUGUAAUUGUCAAAUACAUACUCUCCAAAAACGGAAUGGGAUCUUUCAAACCUACCUUUACAUCGAAACAUCUGAUGCUGCAAGUUAUUCUAAUCUAUUUUAGGAAGAUUUCACUAUUUUUUGGUGAGUGAGUGUGUAUAUAUUAUCAUCCAAAACUGUUCCACAGGAGAUAUUGCUUGUAUGAGAUAUUUAUAACUUUAAUCAACUGGUUGUGAUAUAUUUUGAGAGAGAGAGAGAAUGAGAGAGAGAGAGAGAGAGAAUCUCACCCGAGUGACUUUUGAUUUCAAAUAUAUCAACACGUGUUGAUUUUAGUUAUGAAUGUACGAGGCUUGCCAUGAUUCUUCAUCAGUAGAAGAACUAAUUUAUCUGAACACAAAACUACCAUUAGGCUUCUCAGUGAGGUCAUAGCAUUGUGACGUCAUCAGCUUUAUGACAUCAUAGCAUUGUGAUGUCAUCAACUUUUCUGACGUCAUAGCAUUGUCAGCUGAAUUCUUAGCGAUGUCAAAGAAUCGUGAGGUCAUUAACUGAUGAUGUGAUAGCAUUAUGACAAUUCAAUUGUUGCGAUUAGAUAUCCCCUGUAGAGGUUUCAUCGCCAUAAUGUUAUUUAACUUCAGCGAUCUCUGGAUGUUCUAUACUUUCAUGUCUUUCAGUGGCAUUUAGAAGUUGUACAUUGAUGUCCAAGAUAUUUUUUUAUGGAUUAAACUUCUUUUUUAAUUUCUCUCACAACGUUUCGAGACCAUUCCAGGUCCCUUC